AGCCCCUCUCCCCACUCCCCACACCACCAAACCCAAAGCAAAAGCAAAAGCAUAAGCAUAGACUCAUUUAGAGAGAGAAAUACUCUCCCUAGAUACAGAUAGAGAUAGAGAGAGAAACACAACAUAAAACCAAAGAAGCCGCAAAAUAAAAACCAGAAAAAAUUGAGGGGAAAAGAAGGGUUUCGCUUUUUCUUCAGUGUUUUCAGUGCAAACAACAAGAAGAAGAAGCAGCAGAAGCAGAAGAAGCUACGGCGGAAGUGGUAGAAGAAGAAGUAGCAGGAGGAGAGAGAGAGACGAUGCAGAACCAGAGACAAGGAGGAGAGUCUCAGACUCAGCUUCAGACACUGAUGCAGUCCGGCCAAAUUUCCGGGAGCUUGAGCUUCAAUGGCACCAUGACUAAGGAAGACGAGGAGAUGUCUAGGUCUGCCCUCUCCACCUUCAAGGCUAAAGAAGAGGAGAUUGAGAAGAAGAAGCUCGAGGUCAGGGAGAAAGUCCAGGCUCAGCUUGGCCGUAUUGAAGAAGAAACCAGGCGUUUGGCUACCAUUCGCGAGGAACUAGAAGCGCUAGCAGAUCCAAUGAAGAAGGAAGUUUCUCUGGUUCGCAAGAAGAUUGAUACGGUUAACAAGGAGUUAAAACCAUUGGGACAGACUUGCCAGAAGAAGGAGAGAGAGUACAAAGAAGCUCUCGAGGCCUUCAAUGAGAAGCACAAGGAGAAAGUACAGCUAAUCACAAGGUUGACGGAGGUCAGUAACCUGGUGAGCGAGAGCGAGAAGUUGAGGAUGAAGAAGUUGGAGGAGCUGAGCAAGAGCAUAGAAACGCUACGCUGAAAUCUCCACCCCCUAAUCAAAAGUCCCGUGACUAAUUAGGCCAUGUGUGUGAUGUAUUUAAGUAAAGACAGUCUUAAUUAUAUAUGGGUGUUUUUUGUGUCGGGUUGUAAGUUUUCUUCUUCUUCUUCUUAUUUUGCUUUUGGUUGUCUUGUUCUUAGCUUUUGAUGUCUGACUUUAGAUCCCAAGGGAAAUACCCCUGUAAACAGGUUUGUAACAAAAAAACAGGUCUCAACUCUCAGCUAUGGAUUCUUGUCAUUUCUCUCUUGAUUCAACUUCAAUUUGCCCAUAAUGUACCUUGUUGGAAGGGGAA